AUGCGCAGACCAAGAUUUCGGAGGUCUACCUCCUCGCGUUUCAGCAACCCCGAAUACAUGAUGCCUAUCCCUCAGAGCCCGACGCAGAUAUCACUCCGGGGAAGAGACACGGGUUUCCCGGAGGCGUUCUGUGGCAGCCGGAACACAACACUACCACACCCCGAAGCGAAUCUCAACCCCGACGCCUGCCUCACCGAGGACGAUGUGAACCCGGCACGGGCGCUUUUAAGAUACCGGAUGUCCUUCAUGGCCCAGCAGGAGGCCAACAGCCGGGCAUCCACCUUUGACGACCGAAGGCCCGAUUCCCCCGAAGAAGGAACUCUUUCCGCCUUCGGCCGGAUCGCCAUCAACUCGAUCCGGGCUGCCGAGAUCCCCGGGCUCGAUGCCUUUCUCCCGUCCAAGGACGGCGACGCCAUCGAGUCAAGUGACGGCAUGAGCAGCAGGGACCCGGACUCGCCCGUACACCGGGGGACAGCGUUCGACCAUCCCAAGGCCGACCCACGAGACGCGCCGCGGGAUCCACGGCACGGGAGGCGCAGAAGCAGCUUCAUGAGCAGACUAAUGCACCGGUAG